AUGUCAAACCCUAAUCCCGGAUUUGGGUUGGAGUCGUGGUGUUUGUACGGGUUUGGCGCUGCUUGUGUUGUGCUACGAUUCUUCUCACGCAUCAGAAGAGCUGGCAUACAGCACAUCCAGCUUGAUGACUACUUCGUCUCCUUCGGCCUUGUGUCUUACACUCUACUAUGCGUCGCCUUCAACGAAAUACUGAAAGGGGUGGGGUCGAACCUCAUGACAGAUGAAGAGGUAGCGCAACUCACACCAGCAACCACGUCCCAGCGAGUCAGAGCAAGCAGAUGGGUCUUCGCCUCUGAACAUGCCAUGCUGCUGACAAUUUGGAGCAUGAAAGCUGCCAUGCUUGUGCUGUACGCCAGACUCACGGAUGGUGUCAUGCAACGUAAGGUUCUCAACGGAGUUAUUGUUUGGGUUGUCCUGAGCUUUGUAGGAGACGAAGUAGCUCUUUGCACCAUUUGCCGACCUAUCUCACAAUACUGGGCCGUGCCCGUGAACAAUCCGCAAUGCGCAUCAUAUCAGUACUACCAGAUCGUCAACGCUGUGUUCAACAUCAGCACGGAUAUCAUGCUUCUGGCUGUUGGGUUGCCACCCAUGCUCAGAGCCAGAUUAUCACUACAGCAAAAGCUAAUCCUCGUGGUAGUAUUCGGGAUGGGCUCAUUCGUCGUCGUUGCCGCGAUCCUGCGAGCCAUUUACUGCUUGGUGCCGAGUUUGGUCUCGUACAUCUACAUGAAUUGGUACUUCCGGGAAGCCUCGGUGGCAGUCUACGUGACCAACGUGCCAGCAGUAUGGGUGCUGCUACGAGACAUUUUCCCUGGCCUACAGCGACUUGGCCGCAGCACGAGGGAGACUACAAGUGGAAACAAAGGGCCUAGCCAUGGGGUCGCGUGCGUUACUCCAUACCCAACAGAUGCGAAUCUAGGCCGGAACGCCACUUGGAUGAGAACAGCCGGACGAGGAUGUGACGGCCGAGACCUGUACAUCAUAGACAUGGAUGUAUGUCCGAUCAACGAGGCGGAGGUCACGACUAGCAGUUCCAGACUCAAUGAUGGACAUAGAGGACAGGAGUCACAGAAAAAUGCCUCAGUGUCCUCUCAAGGCGGUCUGCUUGGGAUCAGACGGGACAUGACCUUUCCUGUCUCGCAUAUUGGUGUGAAGCAGAACGUUUGA